GGAGCGCCGCGUGACCAGCGUGGGCCGCGCGGGGCAGUAUGUACGGCAAAACGGGCAAGGGCUCCGUGCCUUCCGACGGCCAGGCGCGCGAGAAGCUGGCGCUGUACGUGUAUGAGUACCUGCUGCAUGUGGGCGCCCAGAAGUCAGCGCAGACCUUCCUAUCCGAGAUCCGAUGGGAGAAGAACAUCACAGUGGGCGAGCCCCCGGGCUUCCUGCAUUCCUGGUGGUGUGUGUUCUGGGACCUGUACUGUGCGGCACCAGACCGCAGAGAGGCCUGCGAGCACUCUAGCGAGGCCAAGGUCUUCCAAGACUAUAGCACGACAGCGGCCCCCAGCCCUGUGAUGGGAACUAUGGCCCCAAAUGAUCCAAUGGCUGCAGGACCCAUGGCGUCAGGUUUUUUCCAGCCCUUCAUGUCACCGCGGUUCCCAGGGGGCCAACGGCCCUCCCUGAGGAUGUUAAGUCAGCCUCCUGUGGGCCUUCCUGGCUCCCAGCCUUUCCUACCUGGCGCCAUGGAGGCAUCUCCUCGUGCUCAGGGGCACCCGAGCCUGGGCGGCCCAAUGCAGAGGGUGACUCCACCACGGGGCAUGGCCAACACUGUACCCCAGGGCUACGGAGGUGGCAUGCGACCUACACCCAAUACCAUCGCUGGCCCGGGCCUACUGGCAAUGAACAUGGGCCAGGGCAUGCGCGGCCCGUGGAACAGCCCCAGUGGCAGCUCGGUCCCGUACUCCUCGUCUCCUGGCAGCUACACGGGACCCCCAGGAGGCGGUGGUCCUCCAGGGACGCCCAUUAUGGCCAGCCCUGGAGACUCCAGCUCCAGCGAAAACAUGUUCUCCAUCAUGAACUCUGUGGGGCCGAGUGCAGGCCGUGCUAAUUUCCCACUUGGUGCUGGAACCGAAGCCCCAAUGGCUGCCCUGAGCGCGAUGGAGCAGCAGCAAGCGAACGGAUCCCUGGGUCCUACCGACCAGGAUAUGCUGUCCAAGGGAUCCCCUGACGCUGCCAGCCUGAACAACACCCCGGGCACCCCACGCGAUGAUGGCGAGAUAACAGCUGCCGGAACCUUCCUGCACCCGUUCCCGAGCGAAAGCUACUCCCCCGGCGUGGCCAUGAGCGUGUGAGGCGGUGGGGUCGCCUCGGCUCCGCUCCGGCCGCGGACUUUCUAGCAGGCAAGGACUCGAGGCUGGUGGACCCGCGGCGGUCACAGGCGCUGCCAAUAAACGCCGCUCGUUGCGGGCUCGUGGUA